AUGAACUCUAUAUUAAGGAUUCAGUUAAUUAGAAAAAUACAUUCUUUAGUACCGAAAACAGAUAAUAAAAAUUUAAAAAAAGUAAUAACAUAUAUUAAUAAUUAUGAUGAUAAUAUAAACCAACUAAAGAAAAGAAGAGAGUAUCUUAACUUAUUAAGGAAUAUUUAUAAUACUAUACCCUCAAGAUUAAAUGAAAAGGAAAUAUGGAAGGAUUUUUUAAAUAAAUUAAAAACAGAAAAAUCAUACUUAAAAUUAAAGGAAAUAAUUAAAAAGAAUACUAUGAUAUAUGAUUCUCUAAUUUCUAGACAAAUUAUAUUUCUUUAUUAUAUAGGAUUUGAUGAUGAAAUAACAUAUUUGUUAGAUAGACUAGAACACAAAUUAAGAAAAUGUAGUGAAAAUAAUUUCAAAGAAUGCGAUAAAUACAUUAAUGAAGAUAUUAACGAUGUCAUAAAGAUGCUAUAUGUGUUAUAUUAUUUUAGAAAUAAAGAAAAUGACUACAAACAUGUUAUUUUAUUAUUUGAUAAAUUUAUUUAUCAUAGUAAAAAGUAUCCUGUUAAUAAUUUAAAGUAUUUAUUUUAUUUUCAUUUAUUUUAUUUUAAUAUGAAUAAUUCAUUAUUAAAAAUACAUAAAUGCCUAGAAAAAUAUAGACAUUUAUUAUUAACAGAACAAUUAAUGCUUCUAAUUCGUUAUAUAAACAUAUACUUAAAAUACUUAUACUUACAUAAUGUUAUUAAACAUAAAAAUGACACAACUCAUGAAGAAAAAAUCAAUAACAAAGAAAAUGAGUUGUUUAAUGAUUAUUUAUUCAUUAAUAAUAAAAAAAAUGGAGAAGUAAAAAUUUUAAAUAAUCAUGAGGAUAGUAAUAGAAAAGAAAUGAUAGCAAAAGAAAUAAAUAUUUUUAUUAAUAAUUUGUUUAGAAUAAAUAAAAAUGAAAAGGAAUAUUUUAUAUUUGAUAGUUUUGAUGAUAUAGAAAUUAAAAAUAGUUGCGUAAAAAGUUGUUCAAUAAGAGAAAAAGAAAUCCUUUUUAAUAGAAAUAUUGUGAUUAAUGAAAAAACAAACAAAAUAAAUAUAAAAGAUAGGGAACUUUUAAUUACAAAUUGCGAAAAUAGUAUUAAUAAAGAUAAAUAUAUAUCAAAGAAUGAUGUUAAUCAAAAUGAUGAUUUGUUAAAUUUAAAUGAAGAUAAUGCUUUAGAUAGAAAAAACAAUCCAAUUUUACAGGAUAGUAUAAUUGAUAAUGAUAAUGAUAAUAAUAAUAUUAGUGAAUAUAAUUUAAAAUACAGAGGUAUAGCAGAAGAAUAUUCUAAAAAUAGAAAAAUAUUGAAAAAAGAAGAAAUUAUACUAACAGAUAGUGAAUUAAAAUUAUAUAAGAAUAUAUAUAAAUCUUGUGUGAAAGAAAUUUUAAAAAAUAUUUUAUUAAAUAAAGAAAAGAUAAGUCCUGAUAUCAUGUGGAAUAACUUUAUAAGUAAUUUUUUUAAGGAUGAAUAUAUAUAUUUGUUAAUGAAUGAAUUAAAAAAUAAAAUGAAUAUUAUAAAUGAAGAAGAUUUCAUAGUUUUCUUAAAACAAGUGAAAUUACUAAAAUUGCAUGAAAACUCUUCAUUUUUCACUAUAUCAAAUUCAUUUUUUAAAAAUUAUAUUAUUCAGAAAAAAUAUUUUAAAAAUAUAAUGCUUGCUGAUAAAUUGACAUAUUAUACCGAUAUUUUUUGUUAUAAUUCCUUUUUACAAAAAUAUAUUCUAUAUAUAUAUAAAUUGAAUUUUAGUAAGUUGACUAUAAAAAUAUUAAAAAAGAUAAUUUCUAAAUUAUAUUUUUAUUUGCAACAGAACAAAUCAUUAAUAAAUGGAUUUGACAAAUUUAUAAAAAGUACAAUGAUUAAAAUAACUUUAAGUGGAUCACUAAAUGAUAUUGUAAUGCUACUUUACUCUUUGAGACAGUAUAACUUUUAUAAAACGUAUGUGAAUAAAGAAAAAAACAGCAAACAAUAUAUAAAUAAUGGCUAUAACUUAUUUUUUAGUGAUCCUAAUUAUUUAGAAGAGAAUGAUUGUAAACAUAUUUAUGAUGAAAUAAAAAAAAAAAUAAAAUGUCUAUCUCCUUUAAUUAGUUCGCAAGAUAAUCUAAGAAAUAUAGAAAAUUUUAACUUAUUUCAUUUAAGCAAUUUUCAUUUAUUUCAGUUAAAAAAUGAUUACUUAAAAAUAUAUGAAUUAAUAUGUUAUAGAACAAUUAUUGAGAAAAGGGAGAUUGAAAAAAUUAAUUAUGAUAAAUAUUUUGAUAUAAAUAUUAUUAUAAUGUUAAAAAAACAGUUAAUUAAAUUAUUUUGCAUAUUUUUAAAUAAAUUUUAUGACUCAAUAAAAAAUGAUAAUAAUACAUUAAAUAUUUUUGAAUGCAUAAAUAAUUUUUUUAUUGAUAAUCGAACUUAUAAUUUAAGAAAAAGUUCAAAUGAUGAAAUAUUUUCAUCUUCAGAAGAAAAAAUGAAUAAAAAUAACUUAUUGAUGUUUCAUAGAGACUCAAACAAAGGGAUAAAUGAAGUUAAGCAACAUCUUCUAGAUGCUAAUGAAUUAAAUAAAAAUAAAUUUUAUGAACAUCAUUUAAUUGAAAAUGAAUUUAUUAGAAGUGAAUUAGAUGAAAAGAAGUUAAAUGAAAGCAAAUUAAGUGACUAUUCAAAUUUUAGUGUUUUUAAAAAAGGAAUUUCCUUAUCAACAAUGAAUAACUAUAUGAAAAAAUACGAAUUCGAAUAUAUUACCAUUACACGUUUUAUUGACAUAUUAUUGAUGAUAAUAAUAGAUAAUUUUUUAUAUUUUGAAAUAAAAAAUUUUUAUUUUAUAAACUUCUUUUUUUUAUUAUUUCAAAAUAAUUUUUUAUCUAUGUCUAUAUAUCAUUACUUCUUUUUUUUCUAUAUUUUUAAAAAUUUAAAUUAUAAUCAAAUUAGUCAAAAAGAAAAAAAGGAAUUUUUUUUUUCAGAAGAAUAUUUUAUUAAAAAUAAAAAUGAUAUUAUAAAUAUUUGUAACGAUAAAAUAAAAUCAAUAAUAAAAGAUUACUUAACUAUUCAAAUUAAUAAAAAUGGCGAUCUUUACUAUAAAAGGAAUAAUACUACAAAUAAUUGUACUGAUAGAAAUGAUUCUAUAAACAAUGAUAGCAAUUACUAUUUGCAAAAUAAAAACAAUAUUUUUGAUUUUGAUUGUGUAAUAACUUUAAUUUUAUAUAAUUUAAAAAAUGAUGAAGUAAGUGAUAUAUUUCAAAAUUGCUUUUUAUUUACUUUAAACAAUUAUUUAGAAAAUAAAAAUGUAUAUAUUAAAUACAAAAAUGAUACCUGUUUAAAGAAAUUAGAACAUAAUAGUGAAUUAAAUAUAUUAAGCUGUAACAAUAUAGAGAAAAUUAGAAGUUCGGUUUACUUUAAUGAAGUAAACAAAGAUAAUAAUAAUGAUGAUAUUAUAAAAAAAUAUCAAUUUUUUUAUAUUAAUAUGAUUUAUGAUGGAUUAAUGAAAAAUUAUGAUGAAGAUGAUUUUGAUUGUUAUAUUAAUUAUUUAAUUGAAAAAAAAAGAUAUGAAGCAUUUGAAAUUUUAAAAGUGUGUAUGUGGCUGAAGGAGUACAAUAAAUAUGACAAAAUUGAAUUAAUAAUUAAUAAUAUUAAUACACAUUUUAAUAGUUAUAAAAAAUUAGAAUUUUUUAUAAGCUAUCUUUUUCUUAUAAUACUUUCUCAAAAAAAUUAUUUAAAUCAUAUUUAUGAAAUGUUUGAUAAAAUCAAUAAGUAUUUAUUAAAAGACAAUAUAAAUUCUUUCUGGCAUAUUUUAUUAGUUCAAAUUAUUUAUUUAAUUAAAAUUAAAAAUUUGUUUUUACUUGAUCUUCUUUUUAUGCAAUACAAAAAUAUUUCUGUUUUCUAUAAUGAUAUAAUUGACAUAAAAAAAAAGCAAUCCAAAAAGAUAACUCAGUAUGAUAAUAAUUCUUACAUAACUAACAUUUUAGAAUUUUUAAAAAAAAAUAAUAUUUUUUUUAUAAAAAAUAUUCAAUUAAAAUGUAGUCCUUUUAUAUUUGAUAUUUAUAUACCAUCUAGCAAUAUUUUUUUUUUAAAUCAAAAUAAAUAUAUAUUAAGUGAUAUUUUUAUAGAGUAUUUACAAGCAAAUAUAUUUGACAAGAUGAACUCAAAAAUUGUAAAAACAGAUCAAACAAGCUUUGAUUUUUUAAAUAAAAUUUCGUUAUAG